AUGACCGACCUGGACGAUACAUUCGAACUCUAUGACCUUCGAAUCGAGGUCAUCUGUCCCCCAGGCGAACCCAUUCUUUGUGGUGCGAAGGAGGGCGAUUACCUUACGCUUGAAGGCGAGCUUCUCCGCUUGCCUCCUGGUGCCCUGUUGCCAUUACUGGCGGCUAAGCAGCGCAUCACGCAUCCAAAUGACUGGAUGUCAACUGAUGCUGUGUUAAAAUUUGUCAGAACCGGGGUCAGAAAAUUCCGUCACGCCGAUACAACUGUGGUACCCCUUGAGAAGUCGAUUUACUAA